AAUGUCUUUUCCAAAUAAAGAAGAUCGUACAAAAUGUUGGAAUCAUAGAGAUGAAUAUUGGAAGUGUCUUGAUGAUGGUAAAACAGAAAUAGAUUGUAAGAAAUUGAGAGAUCAAUAUGAAAAAUUCUGUCCUGCACUAUGGGACAUGCAGCCUUGAUGGAAACAAAACAGAUGCAACUGCACAAACUUCAAAAGCAGUUUUUAAUUUUCAAACAACAAAUACAAAUUCAUAUGAAUAGGGAACAAAUAUAUAUGUAUAAUAUAUACAAUUAUUAAAUUGAAUCUUCUUUUUCUGUAUUAUAAUAACAAAAUGUGUACAAAAAAUAUGGAAUUGAAUUAUGUAAUCAAAGAGUUGAAAACAUGUACAGAAGAUACUACUAUUUUCAGAAAAUUGAUAAAUUUUACUUCAUCAUGCACAAAAUCUUGGGAUGAUGAAUAUUUGAAACAAUGGCAACCAGUCCUUAUAUGUAUCAUAGAAAUUUUUAUUCCAAAUACAGAAACCAGAAGAGAAAGAACUCUAUUGGCUUCUCACACAUUUUUUGCUUUAUUAUCAAUGCAAUCUUCUUUGGUUCUUUUAAAAGAAACUUUUAUAAACCUUUUAGAUUCUAAACAUAACGAACUACAUAUUUUCGAUAAAAAAUAUGACAUCCCCGAAUUAGAACUAUUUAAAUUGAUUUGCGCUUAUGGAUAUUUACAAGUUAAUCGUAGUGAAAUAUACUUUGAUGAUAUUUGUUUUCUUAUUUUUAAUCUUAUAUUCGAACAUUGUAUAAAAUAUACUAAAUAUUCUUAUUUUGCAUAUAAAAUAUUAUACAUGUGUUUGCAAAGAACCAUGCAUACAAGUUUUUGGAAUAUAUAUUCAGAAUUAGAACAAAAACUUGAAACAAUUAUUUUUUCAAAUUGGUGUAAUGCUAUUAAUGAUAUAAGUAAGCAAAAUUCAAUGCUUAUUUUUAAUAUGUAUUUGAAAAUUAUGGAAAAAAAAUAUAAUGGAUAUUUGGAAUAUCUCUUUAAACAUUGUGUUAAUACAAUUUCUUGGCAAAAUGAACUAAAGUACGAUAUACUCGCAGAAAUAUGCGAAGUUUGUAAUCAAACUAAAAUUAUUACAUCUCAUGACUUUUUACUUUCUUUAUGUACUAGUUUAACGAAAUAUUAUUUGCGUUCAGCGGGUACAAAAGUUUAUAUUGCUAUUGUAAAAAAAUUAAACGAAAAUGAAUGGAAGGAAGCAUUUGGACAUAUAAUAAACUAUCUCUUUCAUCAUUGGGAAUCAUCAGAGAAUCAAAAUCAUAAUGCUCUUCAAUUACUUUGUAAGCAUUGGCUUGAACCAAUUAUUAAAAAAUAUAAAAAUCUUUUACCUUAUUUAUGGAAUUUUAUCAUAGAUAUAAAAGAACAUUUUUUACGUUCACAUCUUCAAAAAAUGGCUUGUGAAAUGCAUAUUGAUCUUCCAGAACAAACAAGCAUUGAAUGUUAUAUAAAUCAUAAUAAUGAAAUUGUAAGAUUGAAUGGAUUUGCCAUAAAUUGUUAUGAAAUAAUUAAAUUAUAUAAGAAAAAUAGAGAUCAAUUUUUUACAACAAGAAAUUUUCUAUGGCUUAAUGCAAAUAGCACAACAAUUUACAUGAGAAAUGGAAUUGUAAAAUAUUUUAAAAUAUUUUACAUUAAUAUUUUAAAAAUGUGUGAUAAUAAUCCAGAUUCUAUAUAUGAUAUAAUAUAUAUCACACAUUGGUUACAUGAAUUUUUUUUAGAUUGUUUUGAAAUUGGUUCUUGUUAUCAAAGAAAAAUUCUUGGUUUAAACUUAUAUAAAGCCAUACUUUCAUUUACUGAUGAAUGUAUUAUAAAUAAGUCUAAGAGUGUAGAAAAUAUUUCAUGUAUGUUAUUUCUGAAAAAAAAUUUAAUAACAACUGAAAAUUGGAAAUUUACAAAUAGAAAAAGUUUAUUUAUUCUAUUAAAACUUGUAUUAGAUUCUGCACUUGAUGUUAAACAAUUAUCUACUUCUAUUAUUCUUAAUUAUUUCGAUAAAGAUAUUUUAUCUGAUACAGAGAAAGAGAUAUUAUUUCAUACGGCAUUAAAACAUUGCAAUUCUUCUAAAUUCUAUGAAAUUGAAAGUGGUGCAGCUCUUAUAUCAAUUUUAGUAAUUUGGUUGCCUCUGAAUUUUUUACAUAAUGAUUGCAAUAAUUAUUUGAAAUAUUCACAUUUUUUAUAUAAUGAAGCUACGGAUCAAUUAAUAAAGAUGAAAGAAGAUAUAUUAAAGGCAAUUGUUCAAAAUAAACCAUUUUAUGGUAUGAUGACUGCCUUAUUAAAUAUUACUUUUCAAAAUAAUCGAAAAAGUUGUAAUAUAAGUAUCGAAUUUAUUGAAAAAAUAUUAUAUUUAUUGGAAGAUGCUAUAAAUUUCUUUUUAUAUAUAUUUUCUUCAAAAUCUGAAAAUAAAGAAUAUUCAUCAUCAUUUGCGGAAAUGGGAUUAGCGAUUAAUGAAACAAUUAGAAAUAGUGAAAUAGACAGUCUCAAUUUUGAUGAUUUAAGUUUAACUCCUGCACAUCAGAUACUUAUUUCUUGCAUUUGGAUGUCUUUAAAGGUAUCCUGUGAAAUAGCUUGCGAAAUAGGUAUAUUAAUGUAUUCCGAUGAUAUUAUUAAACGUUCAGCUAAUAUUAUUAUUACUGUAUUACUCAGAUGUAGACAUAAAGGAGUAGUAGAAGCUGCUGGUACAGCAAUAGCACAAUUAACAAGAUAUUUAUGCAAACAAGCUAAGUAUUCUAAUUUACCAAAAAAAUAUAUAUUACGUAUAAUGGAAAAUGAUUCUAUGCAUUCUUUAAACAUUACAAGAAGGGCUGCUGGAUUAUCAAUAAUGUUUUAUAAAAUAGUUGUUAGUGACGAUAGACGAGAAAGGCCUCUUUUACAUUUUGCAGUACAAAAAUUAUUAGAUUUACUUGAUAAUAUUUCGGAUAUAAAUUUAAAAAGCAUAGAAUCUCAACACGAUUCUCCGUGGGCAAGAUAUUUGCAUUUUUUAAAGGCUUUAGUAGCUGAUAAAGAAUUACAUGCACAAUUAAUGCCAUAUAUGGAAAAAAUAUCAUUAACUUGUUUUAGAUAUUUAGAAUCUGAAAUAUGGACUAUUAGAAAUGCAGGUCUACAAUUAUUUAGUGCUAUAAUUUCAAGAUUAACUGGACAAAAUUAUAAUGAUACAUUAGAUUUUGGAAAUGGUUAUUCAAUUAAUCAUUUUGUUACACAUUAUCCUGUGCUUGCAGAUCAUGUUAUGAAAGAAUUACAUAGAUUUUCUUUCACAUUUACAAAAUUUUCUACUACUUUAUAUUUACAUUCGAAUAUUGUACAUAUUCUUAUACUUCUCUCAAAAUUUUCGAGUAGUGCUUGUAAUUUAAUUGAUUAUUCUUCACAAAAAUAUGUAUUAAAAUUAAAACAUUUACUUUUUAUGUUACUUGAAAAUCCUGUUUUAUAUGUUAGACUUUUAGCUGCAAAAGCAUACACAGCAUUAACAAAUUUUUUACAAAUUAAAUUUGAAUUUAAGAAAUUAAAAUGCAAUGUCUCUUCAUGUCAAAAUAUUAAUUUAAUUCAUGGUUGUUUGUUAACUAUGAAAUUUUUGAAAGAAAAAUUAUCUUUUGAAAUUGAAAAUAUAAAUUCAUAUUUGAAUAUUAAACAAUAUAAAAAUCAUGAAUUAAAGAAAUCUACAGAACUGCUACGAUUUAAAAAAAUAUUACAACUUUGGAGCAAUGUGUCUAAAGAAAAAAAUAAUUUACAAAUUUGUUACAUAUUAGAAACGCUAUUUUUAGAAUUAAACAAAUUUAUUUCCCACGAGAUAUCUGAUAAAGAUUUAUUUACUUUUAAUGAAAACAUAUAUUUACUCUCUUCUGAAAAGAUAAAACCAGGAUUUUUUCAAUUUAUCGAUAUCUCUACAAAAUUGUAUGUUGAUUAUAUAAAUCGUACAAAUAACAUUGAUAUUGAUAUUUUACAUAAAAUUUUGAACUCUCCUUGCAUUGAUCAAAGUAUUUCUUUUUUAAAUCAUGUGUCACAUUGCAUUCCAAUCUUAAAGAUUGUACUUAAAUAUUUAUUGUCUGAUGAAUAUAUCAUUCAUAACGAAUUACUUUUAAAAGCAAUGAUAAAUUAUGUUUUGAAGACAUUAAAACAUUUACCAUUACUUGAUAUAAAUGAAUUAGACAUUGAAAAGAUAAUAAAAAAUUUAUUUAAUGAAAAAUUAGAAAUUAAAAAAUAUUCUGAUUUAUGGACUUUAAGAUGUGUAUUGAUAAUUUUUUCCCGAAAUGAGUUUAUGAUAAAUGAAAUAAUAUCUCAUGCAUUUAGUUUAACUAUUCACAAAGAAGAAUAUAUGAGACAAAUUGCAGUUGAAUUUAUACAAUUUGCGAUUUAUAGGUUUUCAGAGUUAACAAGUAAAAAUAAAUUGACUGUUUUACAUUGUUGUUUAAUUUUAUUGAAGGAUGAAAUUGCAGAAAUACGUGAAAUUAUUGCAGAAGAUUUAAAAACACAUGUUCUACAGACAAUUAAUAGUGAAUAUAGUACUUUAAAGCAUAAUGAACAUAUAUAUCAAAAAUUAUUAUCAGAAGUGAUACUUGAAAAACUAAAUUUUCCUAUAAAUAAUGAUAUGAAUUUUUUUUUUAUAAAAUUGUUCACUCAUAAUAUUAAAUAUUUUGAUAGUAAUACUGUUAUUGAAAAUCCUUUUUAUCAUGAUGAUAAUCCCUUUUAUAGAGAAAAAUCAAAAUUUUUAAAUCUUUGCUUUUAUUAUAUCAAACAAAAAAGUUAUAUUAAUUGUUCUUCAAAAGAUAAUAUGAUAGAAUAUAAUAAUAAAAAAUAUAUAGAGGUUCUAAGUAUAAUUAAAACAAAAUAUCAAUUACAAAAAAAAUGUUGUUUCAAUGAUACUAAUUUAGAAAAUAUUUUAAAUACUAAAUAUGUAAAUUAUUUAUUAAAGAAACAAAAAAUUGUAUUACAGAAUUAUAACUAAUAAUAUAUAAUGUACAAUUCUAAUGGAAUAAACAAUAAGUAAUAACUAAAUAUGUAUUUUUUAUAAUUAGACUUAUAAUUUCUGUUAAGGUAUCUAAAUAAAUGCUUUUUAACCCAUCAAAGUACACAAGAGAUAUUUAAUAGUCUUGAAUAAAUACAUCUGUACACUUUACGGACAUAUGAAUGUG